CCCAUCAGCAGCGGUUUUGCGAAGCCCUCUGGUUUCCUCACUAGCAGCAGCAAGGCUUCUUUCCCCACUGGCUUCCGUCGCAACUUCUACUAAGCUAGACUGGCAGAGCUGCACGGGCCUCUGGAGACUGUGACAUGAGCAUCUGUUACUGAGAUUUUCUUCCUUCGCGUGCUGUGCGCUAGCCUUGUACCGGCUCAGAAAUAUCUGGAUGGUGCAAAAUGGUUGGCUUCUACAAGCGUCUACUUUUCAUUUUCGUUUCCAUUUCUUUCCUAGCGGGACACCCAUCUUUUCCAUGUCUUGACUGGCCUUUUUUCUUUCCAAAAUUUUAUAUUCUUUCUAUGCAGGGUCCUCUGAGACUACCUUUUUUACCAACAAAGUUUUUCUAUUUCUUCCUUUCUAUUUUAUUUUCUCUACUUCUACCAAAGCCAUUGUCACGAUCCCUAAGGAUAAUGACCCAUAGACUCAUGAGAGCGAAUUCCAUUUUUAUUUUCUUAUGAUUGUCUAGUAAAGCCAACGUAGUCGUAUAUAGACGGUAUUAUUU